AUGGAAUUAAAUAAAUUUAGAUUAGUUUUUAAUAAUUUUGUUUUGAAUAGUUUAAUAUUUAAAAAAGUAUCAGAGAUUUCAAAACAAAUAGGAAAAAGACCUCUAUUAGGAUGGAGCGAAGUCAAAUCAUCACCUUACUACUUGGCAGGUAAUGGUUAUAUUUCUCAAUUGAUAGAUUAUUUAAGCACCAAACGUUUGUUUGAUAUCGAAGGAGUUGCCAGAGUUCUUAAGAAUGCCUUGAAAGGUCGUUGUGACAUUGGAACCUUUCAAUACCUGUUUGGCCUUUUAGAUGUACAAGAGAGAAUCACUCAUUGUUUUGACUACCUAAGCGAAGCGGACAGUGAUGAUUUCGAAAUUGGCGAGAAUAAAAUUAGACAAAUCAACUCGAUACUCGAGACCGCUUCAAAACUAGGUCGGUUGGAUAUCAUCAAGUAUCUGUUGGAAGCAGUUGUCAUUCCAGAGUACAAAGAGGGUGGAUCGCAAUUCCGUUGGGAUUUAGAGCGCGCCGUAUCAUACUCUGCGAAAUCCAAUGAUAUCGAGCUACUAAAGUUUAUGAUAGAGAAAAGUAAUAAUUCGAUCGCACCGUUUUUCUAUACGAUGCACGAGCGUCCCAACGUAUUCGACAAGGUUGCAUCCGUUGGAAAUAUCAAAAUGAUUGAAUAUUUGGUUGAGUGUCGAAUGGAAGAUUUGUCGGAAAGCAAUAUGCUUAGAGAAUCAAUUAGAGCAGGCCAACAAGAUUUUGUUCGUCAUCUACUCGCAAACAACUCUUAUGGACAUAUAAUAGGUGAUUUUGAAAUACUUCACUAUGCAAUUAGAUACAAUCAAUUUGAAAUUCUCAAGAUGCUCAACCAAGAGUACGGAAUGAAAGAGUUCUAUAAGUAUGAUAUGAAUUAUGCCGCUGACAAUGCAAAUAUUGAAAUGCUCAGUUGGCUCAGUCAAAACAGUUCGUGCCAGUGCUCACCCAGUGCAAUGGAUACCGCCGCUAGAAACGGCCAAUUUCACAUUGUCCAAUGGUUGCAUAAUAAUCGUACAGAAGGAUGUACAGCUGUAUGUUUUAUUAAUAUCUACUUAUCAUUCUAUUGUUAUACAUACUAA